AUGUCGUACCGUGAAGCUUGUCGAAAACUGGCCAAAGUUCGGAAGCCCAUGCUCUACCUGGACGAGCGUUUCCGUCACCCAAGCUCACCUUCCGUCCCCACUCUUCAUUUUGGUCUGGGAUAUACUGCUAAGGGAAUCAUACAUUGUGUGAAGAAGCGCCACCUUCUGCCACCUGUACCCAAAGACCAGCCUCUUACGCAAGAGCAAGCAGCGCAUCGCUUUUCCAGGGCCGUAUUCUAUGUCAUCAGCUAUCUCGAGCAGAAACUGCAGACCCCGCUGUUCAUGCGGUCGAGCACAAGCCCUGAUUAUAUAGGACUCUUCUGCCUAUACUCGAAUCAUACGCGUCGCGCCUAUCAUCAGCCGGAGAAGGAGAGGGAGAUCCUCAAUUUCAUCCGGCGGGAGCUGGACGUCCGGAAGCAGCAAGCUGCAUGGUAUUGGGACUCUAGUCGACACGGACUCGACUAUGUGUGCGAGUACGACGAGUACAACCUAUAA